UUCUCUCCCAUCCGCUGCUUCAGAUUCCGAAAUUCCUAAAAAACAUUCUCUAACUUUAAGGCUACGAAAGAGAUAGCUUUCAAAAACCAUAUUUUUACAUAUGUCAUUGUCCAUGAAACACAAACACAACCACAACCGACUCCGAGGUUAAUUUUCAAACAAACACCCUUCUGCAAAAUCCAUCGGAUCUGCUAUUCUUUUCUUUGUGAAUAGAACAGCUUUUAAGGAUAUUAAGAGGCAGAGAAAGAGAGAAGAACGCACGGUGUAAUGGCCUCUGAGAGGGAAGAUUUUAGCCUUUCGGGACCAUUACAUUUAACUUCUGUUGACUGGGAGAGUGCACAUCAUCGAAGGUCUGUUGCUGCCAGUUUGGUUCAGGCUGUCUACAUUCUUGAGCGAGAUCGCCAGGAGAAGCGUCAAGAUUCCCAAGUCCUUGCUCCUCCUUGGUAUGAGUUUUUCCAUUUUCGGUUGCUUCGUCAUCUUGUGGAUGAUGUUGAUCAUUCCAUAUUUGGUGCCGUUUAUGAAUUCAAACCUCCAGCAUCUUACUGUAAUGACUCACUAGAUGGAAGUCCACGAUAUGUGAUUGCAUUCCGAGGCACCUUAAAUAAACCAGAUUCCCUCUCACGUGAUCUUGAGUUGGAUCUCCACCUCAUCCAAAAUGGGCUUCACCGGACAUCUCGCUUUGAGAUUGCUAUGCAAGCUGUCCGAAACAUUGUUGCUUCAGUAGGCGAUUCAAAUGUCUGGUUAGCUGGUCAUUCUCUUGGGUCAGCAAUGGCAAUGCUUGCUGGGAAAACUAUGGUCAAGAAUGGCAUGUUUAUCGAAUCUUUUCUCUUCAAUCCACCAUUCUUUUCAGCCCCUAUUGAGAGAAUUAAGGACAAAAAAGUGAAACAUGGGAUUCGAUUUGCAAGCAGUGUGAUCACAGCAGGACUUACUCUAGCUAUGAAGGGUAACCAUAACCACCGGAGAAACCAGGCAGAAGAUCCGUUUGCUGCUUUGUCUGCAUGGAUCCCUUGUCUAUUUGUGAAUCCAGCAGAUCAUAUUGGUUCAGAAUAUGUUGGCUAUUUUGAACAUAGGAAAAAGAUGGAAGAGAUUGGGGCAGGAGGUAUUGAGAGGUUAGCGACCCAGAACACGAUUGGGGGUCUACUAAUGCAUGCAAUGGGGAAGGAGUCAGAGCCACCAUUACACCUAAUUCCUUCUGCAAGUCUGACGGUUAAUCUAACUCCUUCACAGGAGUUUAAGCAAGCUCAUGGAAUUCAUCAGUGGUGGCAACCUGAUCUGCAAUUGCAGACCAAGCUUUACAAUUCAUGGAAGCAGUUACCAGCCAAUCGCAUCCAAUCAGAUUGAAAUUAAAACAAAAAAAGGAAGAAGGAUCCAAGCUGUUUUGUUUCUAUGGAUGUAGAGGGUCAGAGACUAUGGUUUGGAGCAUGGAGUUUUGAAGCCAGGAAUUCCUUUCAUGGGCUGAACUGAACACAUGCUACUUGAAUUGCACAUUUGCAUGUACUUAGUGUCAUUUUUUUUUGUUAAUACUGUAGUUUGCAACCAGAGAAAUUGGUUUGUUUUGUGGGAAAUUUGUGUCUUGGAUUUCAUCAAGUCCUUGGUGAAUGGUGAUUAGACCAAGAAGUAAAAGCACAGCUGCUAUUUGUUGGCUUAAGGCUUAUGGUUACUUUUGUAUUUUUUAUGGGCUACCUAAGUGUAAGUGUUACACUUGAUCUGUCUCUUUGAAAUCCUUGGCUAAACGCACAUAGUCUGGACGCUAUGUUUGACUGUACCCUCAUUUCAAAUCUUUUUUCAAGGAAGAUCUGUCGGUUGGAAAGGCGAGGCAAAGAUGAAUGUUUGAUUUUAAGGCAUAUUCUGUUAACUUGUAAAAAUCUGAUAAAGUUGUAAUUGUUUGAGGAAAAGUGAAUGGAAUUGGUGGAUCCAUUUUUCCACCAAUCACAAUGUUGUGAAAAGAUUA